AUGGGCGUGGUCUCGGCGAUGUGGGAGCGAGGGGGCGGGCGGGGGCGGGGCACGGAGGGAGCAGCGGGUAUAAAGGCGCGAGAGGUGCAGGUCGAGGCGCACUCCCUCCCAGACAACAUGUUCGCAGCGCGCAUCCCCGUGGGCGUCCGCCUCCUCCUUCUGCCCCUUCUCCUGUGCUGCGUGAAGGGCGCCCUGCCGUUCCCCCACGGCGUCGCCUCGCGGAUGGACGCCGCCCUGCCGCCCCUCUACCGCCUGGCGCUGCCCAGGGACCUCGUGGCCGAGGACGCCCUUCCUGCCAGAGAUCCCGUGCCUGAGCUGAGAACCGACGACCUGCUGCGUCUCCAGGCGUUGCUGCGACAGCUGCCCAGCCUCUACCCGGUCGCGAUGGGCGCCGCCCCCGCCCCCGCCUCCUCCUCCUCCUCCUCCGCCGAGUUCAUCGGGUCGCCCUCCAAACGCCAGGUCAGUCGGUCGCAGGGGACAGCUGGCCCUUGCAGAGGUUGUGGAGAUUCAGGGACGAUCUCUGGGGGUUGGAGAACCAUGUUUACGGGUAUUCGGUUCAUGAUCAGGUUUUUCACUCUAAAAGCGACGAGACGAGAGGCGGGGUAUGAGAAGCAUCAGCUCAGAUCAGACGCGAGACACACACGGAGGCCCGAGCAGUUCCUGGUGUCAAUGAGGACCUCUGGCAUCAAAGGUUAA